UUGUGUUAUUCAUCCGCAACUAAACAAUGAUGAGUAAGAUGGUUUCCUUAAGCUCCCUAGUGCUGCUCCUAGCAGCAGUGGCUCUAUCCCAUCAAGGGCUUGCUGAUUAUAUCAAGCCCCCCGUAGGAAAAACACCCACUCACAAGCCCCCUAUUGAGAAGCCUCCUGUGUACAAACCCCCUCUUCAGAAACCACCCAUUCACAAACCCCCAUAUGGGAAACCACCUGUGCAUGAGUCUCAAUACCAGAAACCACCACUUGAAAAGCCACCACAUGUGCAACCACCAUUUCAGAAGCCACCACAUGAGAAGCCACCAUAUGGUAAGCCACCUAUGCAUGAGACUCAAUAUGAUAAGCCACCACACGAGAAACCACCACACCAGAAACCACCAUUUGAAAAACCACCACAUGAGAAGCCACCAUAUGGUAAGCCACCUAUGCAUGAGACUCAAUAUGAUAAACCACCACAUGAGAAACCACCACACGAGAAACCACCAUUUGAGAAACCACCAUUUGAGAAACCACCACAUGAGAAGCCACCAUAUGGUAAGCCACCAGUGCAUGAGGCUCAAUUUGUGAAAAUAUCUGUUCAUAAGCCACCAGUUCACAAACCACCACAUGGAAAGCCACCUGUGGACGAGUCUCAAUAUGUGAAACCAUCUGUUGAUAAGCCACCGUUUCACAAGCCACCACAUGGUAAGCCACCUGUUCAGGAGGCACAAUAUGUGAAACCCCCGGUUCACAAGCCACCAGUGAAGAAGCCACCUCACCCAAAGUACCCUCCAACAGAUAACACUCGUUUCUGAACUCUGUUACUAAUUAUCUGUUAAAUAAUUAAGAGGUGUAGCUGCUACCAUUGCUAUGCUUCGAAUGCAGUUUAUUUUACUAGUUCUGGUAACCUUUACUCUUGGCUUCUUCAUUUAUUUACAGUGUGCUUUGGCGGCCAAGACAAAUGUAUCACUAGUGAUGCAUGUAUCAUGUACGUAAAACAUAAAAAAAAAAAUGUUGCUUUUUUGAACUCCAGAUUAUGAAUAAAAGGACUUUAUGAUUUAGAUA